AUGGCUCUGUGGAGUUGUUGUCGAAUGGCAGGGUCAAGAUGGGGACUAAAACCCGCAAUCGCCCUAUGGCUGUACACAGCGGUCGUGAGACCGAUAAUAACCUAUGCCUCUGCCGUCUGGUGCAGCAAAGUCAACCAAGUGACAACAAUACAUAAACUGAGCAGCCUACAACGGCUAGCCUGCAUCACAGCAACCGGAGCACUAUCAACGACACCAGGGGCUGCAUUAAAUGCUCUGCUGGAUCUUAUACCACUGCAUAUGCAUGUGCAAAAAGAAGCCAAGCAGAGCACAUACAGAAUCUUCACCCGCACGAAAGUCAGAUGGGCUUCUCAAAAUCUGAUAAGACUCAAGCAAUCAGUACUUGAAAACAAACUUCUGUGCAUGCCUAGUGACGACAUGCAUACGGAAUGUAACUUCACCAAACUAUAUUCCGUAAACAUACCUCCUAGAGACAAAUGGCUAGAAGGCCAAAUGUCAUUUAAGGAAGGUAGUCACGUCUGGUACACCGACGGAUCCAAAAAAGAAAAUAAUGUAGGUUGCGGGAUCUACGGAGAGAGGCCUAAGCUCAAAGUUAGCCUAAACAUGGGGACUGAAGCCUCAAUCUUCCAAGCCGAGGUCUUUGCCAUAAACAAAUGUGCAGAAAUGAACUUAGAAAGGAAGCUCCAGGACCAACACAUCUACAUCAACUCAGACAGCCAAGCAGCACUGCUGGCCUUAAAAUCCUUCGAAUACACGUCAAAAUUGGUGCAAACAUGCACCGAGACACUGAAUGCACUGGGAAAUACCAACAAAGUAACGCUUACAUGGGUACCAGGACAUUCAAAUACCUAUAGAAGGAAACGAAAUAGCAGAUGA